AUGGAAUUCCAGGUAUUAAAAGAUUUCAGCCUAGGCAAAGUAAGACAAGAACUUUUAGGAUUGGCUGAGAAUGAGGGAGAAGGAGACGUGCUCGAAUCUGGUCGUUCAAUUGAUUACCGGGCAGUUAUCGAGAAGCGAUUCGGGACUGUUCUCUCUAAAACUUUUGUUUUCGCUUUAUAUCUUGACGCCAACUCACAUCACCGUAUCUGUCGACAAUUAGUGUUUUCCGUUUGCCUGUCGCCUGAAAGUACCAUACUUUGUCGAGCGAGAAAGAAGAUCAAAAAGGGGUCGGACGAUUAAUGGCGUCUUCUGCUGAAAGAGUGUUUGCCUACACACACUUUUCGUCUUAAAAAUUUAAACGGUGAAACGUGAGCAGUUUUAGCGAACACGGGACACAAGGAAGCAAACUUUUUCGAAAUAGUUUCCGAAAAAUCGAUACGGCAGCUGAUUAUUGCGGAGAACUCGGCAUUUUAUAAAUACCACACGAACGAGUUGCGGAAAGCGUUUUCGUUUAACCCCUCUAAUUUUUUUUAUCCCCUCUAAUUUUUUUUUCGUUUAUCCCCUCUAAUUUUUUUUUCGUUUAUCCCCUCUAAUUUUUCCUUAUUCUAGUGUCUGAUAUUUAUCUAAAGACUAUUGCAUUUGUUUUCCAAGAAGUAGUAAACAUUUUUUGUCGAGAUUGCUUUUUCUAUACAUUUUCCCUUUCUACAACCUCUUUUUGAUCCGAAAAUUUCGAUUUUUAUUGGAUGUUCUGAAAAUGCGAAUUCAAAUCACCGCCAUUAUUGCUUUUCGUGUCGAGACCCGCCACGGUCGCCAUGCGCCUUUAAACUUCGCGCGCGAAUUUUUUUCCCGAUUUCGCCUCAUUUCUCAACGGAUUUUCGCUCUUUUUUGCAGGUUUUUCGUCAAUUGUCAUCGCAAAACUUAUCUGUACUCCAGAACACUAGACAUUGUGCUAACUUCCCACUGAUUUUCUCGUUUUACCCGCCGAAAUCCUCCCAAAUCGAUGUUUUUUGCAGAUUCCAAACUUGUCUCUCAAAAUCGUCACAAUGAUGAUUAAAAUGGAUGCGAUGAGCGCGAACAGUCCAAAGGUGUGUGAAUUUGAAUUUCUCGCAAAAAUGGGCGAGAAACGGGUCAUGGCUCGUUGCUGGCACGUAAUUUGUCGGGAGAAACGCGUCGCUCGCACGCUCGCACUGCAUUUUGCGCGUCUGCGUCUCUCGCGUUCGUCGCGCUCAAUUUUCGCUGCCAUUAGGCCGUUCUCCCCUAAAAAUUGUUCAAUUUUCGCUAAAACUUGUUUAAAAUUCUGGAAAUCUUGCAGGCUAUGAAACGAGAACAUGAUGCCGACGAAGGGGAUCGCAGCGGUCGUCACAAGCGUCCGAAAACUGACGGGUAAGUUGUCGUUUUUGGGAUUUCGCGGUCAAAUGCCUAAAAUCGAAUUUUCAGGUUCACCGAGGCCAUCCAGCAGGGCAAAUUUGAGUGUCGUCUGCUCGUGAGCAGCAAGUCGGCGGGAGCGAUAAUCGGAAAAGGUGGCGAGAACAUCAAGCGUCUCCGCUCCGAGGUAAAUGAUGUUUUCCAGCUUUCUAGCCCCACUCUCCGGCCGUUUUCCGCCUUUCUGACCCAUUUAGCGUCCCGAUUUGCUCCUCACCCCUUCUCUUUUUGCAGUUCAACGCCCAUGUCCAAGUCCCCGACUCCAACACCCCCGAACGGUAAUGAUUCUUCUACCAAUACACCAGGCCCCGCCCAUCCAUCCAUGAAAAACACUGAGAAUCUGCAUAAUUGUUGCCCAACUCGAUUGUAUUCCCAAGAACUCCUUUCACAGUUCCUAAUUUCUCAUAUUCUGGUUUUUUUUCAUAAUUCAAUUUUUUUCAGCGUCUGCACGCUCACCGCCGACGAAAAGACGAUUCUGGGGCUACUGAAGGAUAUUCUGCCGCGCCUCGAGGAUGUAAGUCUUCUAAGAACGUUCGCUUUUUACUAGAAUUUCCGCAAAAAUUCUCGAAAAUAGUGGCUUUUUGUAGAAAAUUUCUCGCAAACUUGAGAAAUCCAUUCUUUCAGAACUUCUCCGAACGGGAUCCCUGCGAGCUCCGAAUGCUCAUCCAUCAGUCGCACGCCGGAGCGCUCAUCGGGCGAAGCGGCUCGAAAAUCAAGGAGCUGCGGGACAAAUGCAGUGCCCGUCUCAAGAUCUUUACCGGAUGCGCUCCCGGCUCGACGGACCGUGUGCUCAUUACAUCCGGAGAGGCCAAAAACGUGCUCUCGAUCAUUGAGGAGGUUAUGAAGGAGCUCAAGGAGAUUCCGAUCAAAGGAGCCGCCACGCCGUACUUGCCCUCGUUCAACUACGAUCCAUCGAGCAUCUCCGAGUACGGCGGCUUCCCAGGCAACUUGCCGUCCGGAGGAGGUGGUGGAGGACCUCCGAACAACCGAUCAGGACCGCCACCACCACGUGGACCACCAGGACCACAGGGUGGACCGAGAGGAGGCUACGGAGGCGGGCUGAAUCAGGGAGGAGGCGGAGGAGGAGCCGGCCCACGAUCAUUCGACGCCGGCGACUUCCAACAACAAUUCCGUGGGGGACCAGGACCGGUGCCAGGAUACGCGAUCGCUGCCCCGGGAUACCCGCCGCAAGGACAGUUCGGAGCGCCAACCGCCGCCGGCUACGGAUACGGACCGGGCGGAGGAGGACCAGUGCAGACCGCUCAGGUACUUGGUCAUCGUAGAGGGCUCGUCGACGACAACGAACUAAAGCUUUUGCAGGUGACGAUUCCGUCGGAUCUAGGCGGCACAAUCAUUGGACGUGGUGGUGAGCGCAUCGCGCGCAUUCGUCAGGAUUCGGGCGCGCAGAUCACGCUCGAACAGAGCAACGGACAGCCUGAACGCAUCAUAACCAUCAAGGGAACCGAGCAGCAAAUCCACAGCGCGCAGUACCUUCUGCAGCAGUGGUGAGUGCUCAGUUUUUGAAUGAUUUAGAAGAAUUUCUCGUAUUUUCAGUGUCCGUAACUCGACCCAAGGACGUGAACGAUUCGGAGCCCUCUAG